CUCGUCUUCAUUUUUAGGUCCAAUACAUGUGAGUCUGUCUCACAGAAAAAGGCUCUCACACCCAGCCGAUUCCACUAUAAAAGCCGAGCGAGAUAUAUUCGAGGACAGUACUUGAAAUAUUUUCUGUUCUCUUUCAGGCCAUCUUCUGGUCACGCUCAUUCCAUUUCCGUCUCCGAAUAAAUCGCUAAUUCCGCCGUCGAUUUUCUCAACCCUAUAAACCUAACUUCACAGGCUCGCUCAGUCAGCGUGGACGAAAACCCUCCCUUGCUUCCUGAGAGCUAUGCCGACCAACGAUGGCUUCCAAGCAGGUGUUUCAAAUUGCUAUGUGUUCAAGAGCCGUUUACAGGAGUAUGCUCAAAAAAUUGGACUUCCUACACCUGUGUAUGACACUAUCAAAGAAGGCCCUUCCCAUGAGCCAUCCUUCAGGUCAACUGUGAUAGUGAAUGAUGUUAGAUACGAUUCUUUGCCUGGAUUUUUCAAUCGUAAGGCAGCAGAACAGUCAGCUGCCGAAGUGGCUUUAUUUGAGUUAUUUAAAUCUGGUGAAGUCAAUCAAAGCAUCUCUCAGCCUGUUAGCCAGCAUUAUUUAAAAAGUUCCAGCUGCCAUGUGCAUGAAACAGGAUUAUGCAAAAAUCUACUUCAGGAAUAUGCUCAAAAGAUGAAUUAUGCAAUUCCUGUAUAUCAGUGCCAAAAGGAUGAAACCCCAGGCCGGCUGCUUCUUUUUUCGUGUACUGUUGAGAUUGGAGGGAUUCGUUACAUUGGAGCUGCUGCAAGAACGAAGAAAGAAGCAGAAAUUAAAGCUGCCAGAACUGCUCUUUUAGCCAUUCAGUCGAGUGCAUCUCAGUCAUCUGAGAAACCCUUUGGCAACUCUCAGUUAACGGUAAUCCCAUGCAAGAAAAGGGGGACCGAAUCAGUUAUUAAUACUGAGGAGGCUGCAAAUGUUCCAAAGGCAAAGAAGACUCGAUUUAAAAAGAAAAUGUUGAAAAAGAAACUUCCCAGAGAUAAGGCAGGCUACUCUCUAGUUGAGAAUGCAGUCAAAAUGGAGUUCUUUAUGGAUAACUGCUCAGAACCCAAUCAAACCGACGUACCUCGGAACCAAGAAGCAAGUUUGGGAACGUUGGCUAUGGAAGCCAUGAGAAAUUCUCAAGAUGGUAGAUCAGAUGUGAACUCAAGUGAGAAAGAAAUAUUCGGCGGGGAAGUUGCUUUGGCACACCGAGUUAAUGGAAAUAGUGAGAAUGGUAAGUCGACAGCUUCAUAUUCUAAUCCAAGCAAUAAUGGGAAUCCUGACGCAGGAACAUCUUCCGUGUUUUCUGGAGACAUGACCGUGUCCACAAAGGAUGUAAUUGGGGUAUUUGGAGUUGAAGAGGUAGCUUCAGUUGCAGACAAUUCUACCAUGGGUCAGAUAGAGGCUUCAACCAUCCUGCCGGCUUAAAACAAUCAGAAGAGAGGAUCCAAGCGGGCGUAAACCGUGCUGGAGAGAGACGGGGUUCAAUUGGUUGGAAAUUAUUUUGCAGUUAGGAAGAUGAAUUGAAUUGAGUGUUUUAAGAUUUCUGUAUCAGUUGGUCUAUGCUAUAAGCACUUUCUAGGCUUUUUGUAAAUUUUAGGAUCACAACCAGGCUUCUUCAGAGGGAGCUUGAAUCCUUCCACACACACAAAGUUCAUUCGGGUGUCUUGAACAUUUCAGUCAAGAGUUUACACAACGGCUUUGUUUGUAUGUUUUGGUAGAUUCAGAGCAUGAACCACAAAGAACGUACUGUGUUGCACUUUAUAUUUAUUGCUUAUCUUGAGAACUUAGUUUUCUGUUUGAAUGUUACAUUGACAAGAAUCUAUUAGGAUUGAUUA